AUGUUGUGGAGGACAAAAUUCACAAAAUAUCUUAACAGGAGAACAGUCCUUUAUUCACAAUUCAGUAUUUUCCCACUACUCAUUUGGUCAACUUUAGCAUUGGUUAUAAUAGUGAAUCUCAUUCUGUAUGCUACAUCUUUAGUACAAUCUAACACUGAAGAAUUCGGAGAUUCUUCAAACACCGGAGCUAUCAUAAAAGAGCUAAGAGCUGAAAAAGAAGCAGAAAUCUUGAGAUCUCUUAAACAUCAGUUGGAAGCCGAUAAUACAGAGAAAUUCCGAAGGGAGAUUAUGGCCGGUUUGGAAGAGGAGAAAGCUAAAUAUAUCAAUGAUUUUAAGAAGGAUAUUAAUGAUAAUUAUAGGGAUACGUUCAUUGCCUCAUUAAAGCAGGAAAUUGAUGAACAAUAUACAGAACAAUUCAAAGAAACUUCGGAAUUUACAUAUUCCUUGUUCGAAACGCUUUCUAGCAAAUUUCUAAAGGACAAUUACAAAAAGAUAAAGGAAUAUACCAUAUUUCAAAUGAUCAAUAAUUUGAUAUCCUCAGAUUUACAAUUUCCCCCCACUUUUGAAACUCAGUUACAGGAUAAAAUAUCUUCCUAUUUAGAUAUGAAUGAAUAUUACAAUAAUAUACUUAAGAACAUAUUAUUAGCUAAUACUGUUAAAGUUGAUGAAGCUUCUCAGAAAGAGGCAUUAUUUUUAAAGAAACUUAAACCACUACCAAUAAAUAAUGGUAAGGGAUAUACAAGAGAGGAGUUACUUGCUUACCAAGUUCCAGAUAGAACCUUACAACUAUUAAAGAAGUCUUACAACGCAGUCUUGAAGCUCAUUAAACAUUUGGAACCUCCUCCAACACAUUUCGUUAAUGGGCAUGGGAUAGUUAUAUUCUUUGAUGAUUAUGGCUCGAUUUCUUCUUCUGUUAAUCAGAAGAUAGCACUUCUAUUAUUAUCAAUAGUUCAAAUUAAAAAUCUUGGUAGUACCCUACCGAUGGAAAUAAUUUUCAUGAAAAAUUAUAGCUUCAUUAGAUACCUAAUUUAUUUCUUCAACCUGUACUUCAAGAUGACUAUUAAAGUAACCAUUGUAAGUGAUAUCAUUGAUACAGAUUUAUUUCCUUCAAGAUUUCCUCGUAAACUCUUGGCUUUGCUUGUUUCGUCAUUUGAUCAUAUAAUAUACCUCGACGUAGGAGUGAUUCCCGUAAAGAAUUUGGACUCGUUAUUAUUUACUGAUCCAUAUAUCAAUUCAAAGUUUUUGGUGUGGCCUCAUCAACUAUAUCAAAGGCAAAUUUCUCCUAUAUUUUGGGAAGAUCUUCUAGGAAUUGUUCCAGGAGAACCAAUAAGAAGAUAUGGCAUACCGAAUGAUGCUGACAAUUUAGGAUCGAAAAUAUCAUAUUACGACUUACAAUAUCUACCUGAUGGUCUAAGCACUGACUCUUCUCUUCUUGUGUUUUCUAAAAGAAGUCAUUUUAAGAGUCUUCUAUUAUCUAUCUAUUUAAAUCUAAUGGGUAAUGAAUUCACUUACCCUUUAUUGUACCAGGGUUUAUCAUCCGGUGGAGAUCGUGAAACUUUUGUUCCAUCGCUUAUUGCUUUAGAAGAAGUGUAUUUCCAAGUACAACAAGAAUCAUUGCCUAUAAAAGAUAUCAGCGAUAGUGAAACUUCAGGUGUCUUACCUAUUGCUUAUUUACAAGUCGAUCCUAGGGAUGAUUAUAAUUAUAUGAUGAAAUGGAGAAUGUUCCUUAAAAACAAAGGAGGCAUUGAUUCAAGACUUAAUCCAUUUGAAUCUACACCAUUUACUGAAGCUCUUGAACAAGAAUUUCUAAAACACAUAGAAAAACCAUCAAUAUUAACAUAUAACUUUCACUCAAAGUUCAAACCAUUAUUGACAUCCUCUACUUUAAAUUCAAGAAUACUUGAAGUGCCAGAUUCAAAAUUGGUUACCAGAUUUCGAGAUCCUAUCCUUGGAACAUCUCUAGCAGACCACGAAUUGCGUUUCCUGUAUCUUCUUAAGUGGAUCUUUUGCGAUAGUCAACUUUCUGGUAUUCCCACUUUUUGGGAAGAUGAAUUAAUUGAUUUGGAUCAAAAAUUUGUGUGUCAAAAUCAUCAGCAACAGGUCAACCUAUUGCAGGCUAAGACUGAGGACACUAAGUACAGUAUAUUGCAUUUCCUAAAAUAGAAUAUAGUAAGAUAAUUUUAGAUUAUGUAACUGAAAAAGUGAUUCAAGAAAAUGAAUAAAAAAAAAGAUAAAAGUGUACUAGUGAAUUUUGUAAUUUACUCUCAAUUAAUUGCAGGCACAACUUUGUUCUUGUUUGGGUGCAAAAAAAGCAGAGAAAUAUGAUAACAUUCAAAAAAUAACUGUCCCUAGGAGCAACAAGAAUUGAAGAAUUCAUAUUUGUUAGUUAGAAUUAUGUAGUUAUAGAUCCAACACGAACAGUCCUGGCUCUUAGUUCUCUGGAUUUUUAAAUGAUUAUAUGUUGGUUUUCGUUAAGUUUUUUUCCAUACAAGA